CGUUUACGCUGGUUGUUCUUUAACCAUGUUCUCAUUUUCUUUUAUUAUUAGACCACACUUCGUUAUAUGGAUUUAUCUAAUCCUUACUAACAGGGACAGUCAAAAUCAGUAUCGUUAUCUGCUUCUGUACGACUACGUUUUGUGAUCGGAAAUAGCUCUGUUUCCGGUUAAAGACGCGCCAAAAAGAAAAACAAAGACGCCAUGACUUAAGUUUGUAUAAUUCUGUUUUCGCCGAGUGACUGAGUUAACUGUUGAUACAAACACAAUAGCAGCAACGUAUCCCACUGAACUGUUUUGCCACUCAGCCUACAGUUUUUCAGGUUUAAGAAUGACCUUCACAAAUCAAUAAUCACUUGAGGAUGAGGAAGUGGGGAGACCGACUGAAGAAAGUUGAGCAGCUUGCUCAGUCAUUCCAGCUGAAUCCUUUGACCACACGCUACAAACCUCGACUGUGGCCAUGCCAGCCUUCCUCCGUUUGGAAGCUCUUUCCUCGCCAAAACAUGGCGAUCAGUUUCGCUCGGGGCUGCAAAGAGAUUGUUCAUGUAUUUGCACUUGAAAAAGAAGAUACAUCCCUGGGUCAAAGGAUUUACCUGGUUACCAGUUACAGUGAGCUGUGGCAUUAUUACAGGACAUACCCUCAGUCCUUGAUGCACUGCUAUGAAGUGAUACCGGAGGGCACUGUCUGCAAGCUUUACUUUGACUUAGAGUUUUACAAGCCCACAAACAAAGGCGCUGAUGGGAAAACUAUGGUUUCUUCGCUUAUCCAGUAUGUUUGUGACAAGUUGAUGGAAGUUUAUGGGGUUAAGUGCACCACAAAUGAUGUCCUCAAUCUUGACUCCAGCACAGAAGUGAAGUUCAGUCGACAUCUCAUCUUUGGUCUCCACAACGCCGCUUUCAAAGACAAUAUACAUGUGGGUAGGUUUAUUCAUGCUAUUCUUCAACCAGUCCUGAGCACAACCAAAAGCGAAAGUUGCCUGAAUGUUGGGAUGAAAUCAGUGGCAGAAAAUAAUGAAACACGCAGAACACAUGCUGUUUCAAUGGGGAAAUCAGCAGAUGAGAUGGCUGAGAGUCCACAGACUAAGAGGCACAAGCGAGAAGAGAGAGACCUCAGCUUCCUCUGGGUGAAAAACAAGGAUGGCCAAGACUGUCUCUUUGUUGACCUUGGUGUUUACACCAAGAACAGAAAUUUCCGCCUUUACAAGUCAUCAAAAGUAGGAAAGAACGCAGCAUUCACGGUGGCAGAUGACAACAAAUUUGUUGCCAAACCUGAGAAGGGAAUUUCUGUGGAGGAAAGUGUAUUCUUGGCUUCUUUAGUCUGUAAUUUGAGUUUCACAGGUCAGAGAAUUCUCACAUGGGAUGUGCCAGAAACAAAGGAAACCAAAACCUCACAGCAACCUCACUGCCAGCAGGGAUCUGCCACAAGUGCAGACUCACUUUCUGGCUGCCUGUCAUCCCCUCAUCAAGAAGUGGAUAACUUCGUAUUAACUCUGGUUAAAAAGGACGGACUAUAUGGAAGCAUCAGACGAUGGAACUACUUUGCUGCUGAACAACUGCUUGUCUACGACAUUGCAAAAUACCGCUGGUGUGAAAAUGUAGGAAGGUUUCAUAAAAGCAACAACAUCAUGAUUGUUGUAGAUCUCAAGGAGGAAGUAUGGUACCAGAAGUGUCACGACCCUGAGUGCAAGAACUUCAGGUCCUCCAGUUACCCACUGCCACAGGAGAUCUGUGUCAGCUACAUCAUGACACUGGAUGAUGAAGACCAGGAUUACUUAAUGGAUGAUACUGGCAACAUUGAACCCAGCCAGACACCGAAGCAGGCUCCACAUAGCACAGUGUGUCCAGAGAAGGAAUCUGCUGAUGUCUGGGGAGACGGGCAGGAUGACCAGGACUAUCUGGAGAGCCUGGAAGUCUUUGAACAAAACAGCGGGGAUAUCUCUGAUCAGCUCCUGCUCAAAUGUAUGGCAGAUUUUGAUUCCCAGUAGACGGUGAGGUUUGUGUUCUUUUGCACUGGUUGUACAGAAUCAAAUUUAGUCCUAUUUAGCAUCUAUGAGCAAUAUAAAAAAUACACAAAUGCUUUGUAGUUGUAAGCAGAUUGUAAGCAGCGUUUAUUAGUGCAUUUGUUAACAAACGUAAGCCCUCCUGUGGACAUGUGGCGCCAGAUAAACAUUUUGUUGUAAUAAUGUCUUCUUAAAACAUGUCCUCAUAUCUGCUUAUAAAUACAUUAGGGUGUUAUAAACCAUAUUAAAUGUUUAAAAGAGUUUCUAAAGGCUAAAUGGGAGCUUUGAAAGUAUUGCCAAGAUGAAAGCAUUAAUGCACUUUAUUGACAUUUACAACAAAACAAAAACUAAACAAAAAACUUUUGGAGAAAAUAUUUAUUUGGUACAGCUGACAGAUAAAGAUAUUGUACUUAUAACUCCAGCACAAAAACAGCAUCUUUGUCCUUUUGAUAUCAUAAACGUUAAAAAACAACAGCAACAACAAUAUGGCUUUAACCGUUGAGGAGUCCUCGACACAAUGCAAUGUACGUAAUGAUCAUAAUGCAAUCAAAAAUUUGAAUUCGCAACCAAAUUGCUGAAAUGGUGCUCCAGUAGUUUCACAAGACUGUAAGUGAAAAAAUUUAUGUGAAAUCUUGAUGAAGAUGUGGAAUUAAUUUUG